GGUUAAAUGGUAAACACGUGCGGUUUCAAAAUAAUCAUAAUAUUCGUUGACUAAAGUUAUGGGGAUUGACAAAGGAAUUGCUCACAGACCUGGAGCUUUUAAACAAUCGAAUAAAGAGCAUAAGCAUGGCAGACAUCGAUCUAAAGGAGCUUUGACAGCGUUAAACAAAGGAAAGGUUUCUGUUAAGAAACAAGUGUCUAGAAAUAAGCAUGUCCUAACAAGAGAAGAAAGGAGGCAUCAGGCUAAUCAAAUCAGGCAAAAUAAGAGGGAGGAACUAUUGGCUAAAAAAAGAUCUCUAGGUGGCCUAAGUUAUGCUCCAUUUUUAGUAUGUGUGGUGCCUUUAAACAAAGAUAUUGAUCCUAAUACUGCACUUUCAAUUUUAACACAAUGUGAUGAUCAAGCCCUUGUAAGAGUUUCAACCUCUGGAGUCACACAUGUUUGUUUGCCACGUUUUAAACAGAGGUUCUCAUUUGUUGUCCCUCCAAAGGAUAAUGAUUUAGAUGUGUUGGAUUCUUUGAAAAUUUGUGACACUGUCCUCUUUUUGGUAUCUGCAGUAUGUGGAGCAGAUGAUGAUUCACAUAUUGAUAAUGCAAGUCAAAAACUUCUCACAGCUUGUUUGGCACAGGGUUUACCAACUCCAGUUGUAGCUUUAACAGAUUUGGAAAGUUUGGCUCAAAAUAAACAUAAAACUGAAUGCAAACAAAAAAUUCAGAAACUUGUAGAAAAAUGGUUACCUGAAGACAAUAUAAUGCUGCUGGACAGUAAUGCCCAUGGUUUAAACCUAUUAAGGAAAAUUGGCAACCAAAAACAAAAGUCAGUGUUUUACAGAGACAGAAGACCACAUUUAUAUGGGGAAGAAAUUGAAUAUGUUCCUGAUUUGGAAGGACCUAUGGGCGUAUUAAGAGUCACUGGAUACCUCAGAGGCACCAAUUCUAUAUCAGUUAAUGGAUUGGUUCACAUACCAGGACUAGGAGACUUCCAGAUGUUACAAAUUGAUGCUCCUUAUGAUCCCAAUCAGUUAGAGAAGUCAAGAAAAGGAGAGUCUAUGGAUGACGAUUCGAAAACAUACGUGAAAAUUUUGGCUAAAUGCGACCCCAGUAAACAGGAAUCAUUGGACUCUGAGAACAUUCCAGAUCCAAUGGAUGCUGAACAAACAUGGCCAACAAAUGAAGAGAUUGAAAUGGCUGAAAAGGAACAAAAAUUGAGAAAAAGGAAAGUUCCUGUUGGAUGGUCAGAUUACCAAGCAGCUUGGAUUCCAGAAGAAGAUGAUAUAUUUGAAUCAGGUGAUGAAGAUGAAGAAGAAAACUCAGAAGAUGAAUACAUGGAUGCAAUGUCUGAGGAAAAGUCAGAAAUGUCUGAGCAAGAGGAUGCAGAUCUUCAGUCAGUUGCUGAAUCAGAAGUACCUGUUUCUGAUGAUAAAUAUGAUCAACAAAUGGAUUUGGUUAGUGAAAAGGAGGCUCUGAAUAAAUUAAAGGCUGCAAAGACUGACCUCAUGUUUCCUGAUGAGGUGGAUACUCCUCAAGAACAAUUGGCAAAAGACAGAUUUCAAAAGUAUAGAGGUCUGGAAAGUUUUAGGACAUCUCCUUGGGAUGUCUAUGAAAACUUGCCCAGUGACUACGCUCGAAUUUUCCAGUUUCAGAACUUUGAUAGAACUAAAAGAAGAAUCAUUAAGGAACAAGAGAACAUUGAUGGACCUAUGCCUGGUUGGUACAUAACAAUCCACAUAAAAGAUGUGUCCCAAUUAUUAUGGUCGACGUUUAAGCAAACUGCAUCUCCAGUUGUUGUCAUUGGUCUCUUCCCCAAUGAGCACAAGAUGAGUGUUGUGAAUACAGUGCUUAAAAGAACACCCUACUACAGUUUCCCCAUUAAAUCAAAAGAAAGACUGAUUUUCCAAUGUGGCUACAGAAGAUUUGCAGUUAAUCCCAUAUUUAGUUGCCACACUAAUGGUUCAAAACAUAAGUUUGAAAGAUAUUUCCAACCUGAGUCUACAUCUGUAGCAACAUUCUUUGCCCCAAUUCAAUUUCCUCCAGCCCCAGUCCUUUGUUAUAAGGAAAUCAACAACAGGUUAACAUUAGUGGCAACAGGAAGCUUAUUAUCGUGCAAUCCGAAUCGUUUGGUUAUAAAACGAAUUGUUUUAUCAGGCCACCCAUUGAAAAUUCAUAAAAGAUCAGCAGUGAUAAGGUUUAUGUUCUUCAACAGAGAAGAUAUUGAGUACUUUAAGGCUUGUAAACUCAGGACAAAAAUGGGAAGAAAUGGACACAUAAAAGAACCAUUAGGCACACAUGGACAUAUGAAAUGUGUGUUUGAUGGUCAGUUAAAAUCUCAAGAUACAGUAUUAAUGAAUCUGUAUAAGAGGGUAUUUCCCAAGUGGACUUAUGAGCCACUAAUUGUAAAAUGUGUUGACAAUGAUAGUAUGGAGACAUAAUAUAUUUUUGAUAUUUUUAUUUAUCAAUUUAAGUUGUAAAAUACAUUGACACAAAUAUAUAAUAUAAUAAUA